CCUAAACUAAAAACACUGUUUGUAUUCUUUUUUUCUCUUUCUUCUAGGGUUUCCCGUUCUCUCUGUUUCUCAAGGUUUUUCAAAAUCAAACAAUGGGGGAUUCUGGUUACCCCGAUACUAUCCCAAGGCCUCUUCCUAAUCCAUUGAUGGCUGGAAUUAUUAAGAAAAUCCAUGUUGAGAAUUUUAUGUGUCAUACGAGCUUAGAUAUUGAACUUGGCGAAUGUGUUAAUUUCAUCACUGGCCAAAACGGAAGUGGGAAGAGUGCUAUUUUGACUGCUUUGUGUGUUGCUUUUGGUUCUACUGCGAAAGGAACACAAAGGGCUGCGACAUUGAAGGAUUUUAUAAAGACUGGAUGCAGUUAUGCUCUUGUUUGCGUUGAAAUAAAAAAUCAAGGAGAGGAGGCUUUUAAACCAGAGAUCUAUGGCGAUGUCAUUAUUGUCGAACGUAGAGUCACGGAAUCCAGUGGCUCCACUAUUGCCUUGAAAAACCAUCAAGGAAAAAAGGUUGCUUCAAGGAGAGCCGAUGUCAUGGAAAUUGUAGAGCAUUUUAAUAUUGAUGUGGAGAAUCCAUGUGUUAUAAUGAGUCAAGACAAAAGCCGAGAGUUCUUGCACUCGGGGAAUGACAAAGAUAAAUUCAGGUUUUUUUUCAAGGCCACACUUCUUCAACAAGUAAGUGAUCUGCUGCAUAGUAUCAACGAUCAGCUGGAUGCUGCUAACGCCCAGGUUGAGGAAUACGAGUCAUCAAUAAGACCCAUAAUGAAAGAGCUCAAUGAGUUGAAAGCGAAGAUUAAGAGCAUGGAACAUGUUGAAGAAAUAUCUCAGCAGUUAGAACUGGUAAGAAAGAAACUGGCUUGGGCCAUUGUGUAUGAUACGAACAGGAAGGUCCAAGAACAAGCUGCUAAGCUGGAGAAGUUGAAAGAGCGUAUUCCUGCAUGCCAAGCCAAAGUCGAUCGACAAUUGUUGGAUAUAAACACCAUCUGCAGUAGAAAAUGGUUGCUGGCGACAUCUCACAUGGGUAAGGUGAAGGAAUUGAAGGAACACCUUGCAGAGAAGAGAAAUCAAAUUGAUCACAUGAUGGAAAAGACAUCAGAAUUCCAGAGAUUGAGGGACGAGCUGCAACAAGAUCUUACUUUGGUUUCUAAAUCAAAACACGAGCUUGAAGAGGAACAUACUCGCAAAAGAAAUCAUAUCCAGAAAUUGGUCAAGCGUGUUAGUUCGCUUGAGAAACAAAUUUAUGAAUUUCAAGAGCAACAUGUUAAAAAUACUCAGGUUGAAGAAAGUGAGCUGGAGGCACAAUUGAAGGCACACCAGGAUGAAUUUGAUGCCGCUACUGCAUGUAUUACAAGAUUAAAGGAGGAAGAAUAUGCCUUAACUGAAGAGGUUUCAAUGACAAUGCGAAUGGUCGAUCAAUUUAUUUGUGAGAUUCAAGAUGCUGAACACAAGCGCCGUGAACAUCUUUCUCAUAUAAGUGAGCUUCGACAACGUCAUACAAACAAGGUGACAGCCUUUGGAGGAAAUAAGGUCAUUCAACUUUUACAAGUAAUUGAGAGGCGCCAUAGAGAAUUCAAAAUACCUCCAAUUGGUCCUAUCGGGGCUCACCUGAACCUUGUUGGUGGGGAUACGUGGGCGCUGGCUGUUGAAAAUGCAGUUGGAAUGUGGUUCAAUGCUUUCAUCGUAACAGAUCAUGGAGAUUUUCUGCUUUUACGAGAAUGUGCUAGAAGUGUAAAUUACAACCUUAAGAUUCUCAUAUAUGAUUUCUCUAGGCCUAGGUUGAAUAUUCCAGAUAACAUGCUUCCCCACACUAGUCAUCCGACUGUUCUUUCCGUCUUACAGUCGGACAAUCCUACUGUACUAAAUGUCUUGGUGGAUAUGGGAAAUGCAGAGAGACAAGUUCUUGUGAGUAAUUAUGACGUGGGUAAAUCGGUGGCUUUUGACCAGAGGAUCCCUAACCUGAAGGAGGUUUUUACAUCAGAUGGGACCAAAAUGUUCUCCCGGGGUUUGGUUCAGACUACUCUUCCUCCUAACAAAUGGACGAGGUCUGGCCGACUUUGUGGCUCAGUUGAUGGUCAAAUUGAUAAUAUUGAGGAAGAAGCAUCAAAGAUGCAGGAUAAAGUUAGACAAGGUCAAGUGAGGAAGAGAGAUGCGGAGGGUAGCCUUCAGGAGCUUAAGGGGAGACUAAACUCUGUGAAAAGGAGACGUCUUAAUGCCGAGAGGGAUUUAACGUCAAAGGAAUUAAAAUUGCAAGAUUUGAAGGAUUCAUGUAAUUCAUAUGCUGCAGAACCUAGUUCGUCUCCUGCAUCUAAUGCUAAUGAGCUUCGUGAAGAAAUCUCGAAAAUCGACGAGGAAUUAAAAGAAAAGGAAGUGUUCUUAGAGACACUUCAAGAGAGAAUCAAGGAGGCUGCAGAAAAAGCCAAAGAAGUGAAACUGUCAAUUAAAAACUUAAGUGAGUCGGCGAAAGGGGAUAUUGAUGCUUUAGAUAGAGCCGAACAAGAGCUAAUCAGAUUGGAGGAUGAACUGAUUACUGAAGAAACGGCGAAGUCUCAUUAUGAAGGGCUCAUGCAUAGUAAGGUCCUUCCUGAUAUUGAAGAAGCUGAAAAAAUACGCCAGCAGCUUCAGAGCGCCCUUCAGGAGGAUUUUAAGAAGGCAUCCAAUGUUUGUGCUGAGAGUGUAGUUGAAGCUUUGGGAGGCUGUGCAGGAGAAACACGUGAGCAACUUGGUGCCCAAUUUAGUAAACUAAAGCAUAGACGCGAACAAGAGAGUCAGCGAUAUUCUGAGUCGAUUGAUGAUCUAAGAGCAUUGCAUGAGAAGAAAGAGCGCAAAAUAAUACGAAAGAAACAAACUUAUGAAGCUUUUCGCGAGAAGUUGGAUGCAUGUCAGAAAGCCCUUCAGCUGCGUACGAGCAAAUUCGAGAGAAAUGCUAGUUUUCUAAAGCGUCAGUUGACUUGGCAAUUCAAUAAACAUUUAACAAACAAAGGGAUCAGUGGGAACAUUAAGCUUAGUUAUGAAGAGAAGACACUUGCGCUGGAAGUGAAGAUGCCCCAAGACACGUCCAACAACAAUGUCCGUGAUACUAGGGGGCUUUCAGGUGGUGAGCGCUCUUUCUCUACUUUAUGCUUCGCAUUAGCUCUCCAUGAUAUCACUGAAGCUCCAUUUCGAGCAAUGGACGAGUUUGAUGUAUUUAUGGAUGCUGUUAGUCGGAAGAUAAGCUUAGACACUCUUGUGAAGUUCGCUGUUGAACAUGGUGCCCAAUGGAUAUUUAUUACCCCUCAUGAUAUCAGCAUGGUAACACCGGGAGAGAGAGUUAAGAAGCAGCAGAUGGUUGCUCCUCGUUCCUAAUUUCCUGGAAAUGGUGGUUAGCGCUGUACAUAGUUUGACCAACUGGAGUGAUUUGUAUAUCUUCGUCCGAAUUAGUCUUUUUUGUUGGUAAUAUAUACUGGAACAUCCUGAAGAUCGAA